GCACGUAAUCUCUGCGUGCAUUCCCACGUACACUGCAGGUGCUCUUCCCGGAGGAUACCCCGUGCGAUACCGCUGGCUGUGAGCAGGAGGUCUACCGGCUGACGGCCAACCUGGAUGAAAAGGCGCAGCCGUGCCACCACCUGUACAGCUUUGUCUGCGGAGGGACCAAGUGGACUCCGCAAGGGGGCAACACACUAGCCGAGGUGCAUGCCGCCAACCUGGCACGACUGAACGACACGCUGCACAAAGCCGCCACGCUGAUUCUCCUGCCGUCGGCAACCACUACGGGCACCGCCACGCCGCCGAUGUUCCGAGAGUUGUCCACCCUGUUCACCGGCUGUCACGUGGCAUACAGCAUGGAACUCGACCUGCACGAUACUAUGUACGGCUUCCUGUGGGACGUUGGCGUCAGCGCACGCACUUGGUUGCUCGACGCCAACAGCCCUGAACGUCUUUUAGAUAAAGUCGUGGAGCUGUCCCUGAAGUCCGGCGUGCCCAGCUUGCUGUGGUUACACCAGAACCCAGACUCGGGCCUUCUGAGCGUGGAGCCAGCGAGGCCGCUAUUUGCGGGCCCGGUGCUUCGUGACUGCUCGGAACACGACAGCCAAGAGCAGCUCACGCAGAGAGUGGUCAGCGCCAUUGACGAGGUCACGCAGAACGUGGACGAGCUGGCCCACGAUCUGGCGCACCUGCACGCCGAGCUCAGCACGAAGUUCGUGCCUCGCAGAGAAGCCUUCCUCAUGAAGGCCAGUAUAAGCAUUAAAGAUUCAUAUUCACAUUCUUAA